UAGGGGAGAAGAGGAGGAGAGAGAAAGGCAAAAGAGGCCCAGAAGUGAGAACCCCCCCCCAGUUUCUUUGAAGAAUUUCAUGUCCAUCUUGCCCAACCAAAGCCAAGGAUCUAACUCGUCUUCUUCUUCAAUUCCCUCUGUAAACCCUAAUUCCCAACAUGGCCACCUGUUCCUUUCCCAAUCCCAAUCUCCAUCUCAGUCUCAGUCCCCGCCCUCUCUCUCCCGCCAAAUUCUCACAUUUGGAUCACUCGACAUCUCCGACUCUCAGUCUCCCCUCUCUGUGUCUCCCGAUUUUCGAGGCCCAUCGCCACCAGCUGCACAAGGAUCUUCCCAACAGGUGACAGAGUUAGGACUUCCUGGUAAGAAUGUUUUGCCUAACCACGAGACACACUCUCAGUCUCGCUCCCGAGGGGCUGGUUCAUACCGGUCUAGAGGGAAAAGGCCUGGAAGCCAACAGAGUAUCAGUAAUGUUGCUUCUCAUGGAAACUCAACGCAACCAGCAGGAAGAAAAUCCCAGAUGAUGAAUGGCAACCACCUCUUGAAUUUUCAUUAUGACCCCAUUUCCCGUCCUCAGACUAGAGGUCCUCCUCCUCCUCCUGCUAGAAGGCAGCAUAAGAGAAAGCCCUACAACAAAGACUUAUUUCUUCAGGCCAACUACAAAUUUGUUGUGUUGGAUUCGGGGAACUACUCAGCUGAAUCAAUGGAUCCUGAUAAGAUGUUACAGUGGGAAGACAUCAUAUGUGUGAGGUAUUCCACCCCUACUGUGGUUCAGUGUCCAAUUUGUUUGGAGUAUCCUCUUUGUCCUCAGAUAACCUCAUGCGGACAUAUAUUCUGUUUCCCAUGCAUUCUCCAAUACCUGCUGAUGGGGAAGGAGGAUCAUAAGGGUGACUGCUGGAAAAGAUGCCCAUUGUGUUUUGUGAUGAUAUCAACCAAGGAUUUAUACACCCUCUUCGUGGAGAAUGUUAAGCAGUACACCGUUGGUGAUACUAUGGAGUUUAUGCUUCUUAGUCGACAAAAGGAUUCAUUUACCAUAUCCCAUAAAAGUAAAAAGGAGAAAGAUGCCAUGUCAGGUUGUGAUGAUGAAAGUUAUGAUCCCUUUUCAAAGUUUACAUUUACAUCAGACGUAGAUCUUUCAUUCAGAAAGGCAAUAUCAGAGCUAGAUGCUUGGUUAGUCAGGGCAGAGUCAGGUCUUGUCGAUGACCUGGAGAAGCUUCCAUAUGUAUGUGCUGCAAUGGAACAAUUAGAACAGAGGAAGAAGUAUUGGAAUGAGCACCGGGCUAUUGACAACAAUAAACCCGGUUCAUCCGUUGCCUUGUCUACUGCAAAUUCUACUAAUGGUAACGGUGAAGCAUCAAUAAUUGGGGAUGGAACUUUGUCUAAUGGUUUCGGUGACUUUAAUAAGUGUUCAGAGAAUUUAUUAGUGGACAAGUCAGAUGAUGGGACUUCGUCUGACCAAUCUGUGGAUGUGGCGGAAUCAUUGGAAGGCCAUGAAAAUGUUUUAUCUUCUUCAUAUGAUGAAAGCAAGACCGUCCAACGGCACUCACGUUUCUCUGAAAGUGUAAAAGACAAGGACUCGUACAAUUUCUACCAGGCUGCUGAUGGUCAACACAUGAUUCUUCAUCCAUUAAACAUGAAAUGUCUUCUCCAUCAUUAUGGGAGCCAUGAUAUGCUACCACACAGAAUAAGUGGAAGGAUUUUGCAAUUGGAGACAGUAACUCAGUCAGAAGCCAUGAGAAGGCGUUAUCGCUAUUUAAGUCAUUUCUCGUUAACAACAGUAUUGCAGUUCUGUGAGAUUGAUCUGAGUGAGCUAUUGUCUCCUGAUAACCUGUCACCCUUUAUGGAAGAGAUAAAGAAGCGUGAAAGGCAGAGGAAGCAACUUGCUAGGAAGGAGCGGAAGGAGCAAAUAAAGGCUGAAUCUGCCAUGGCAUAUCCCAUCCCCAUAGUAGCAGGCUUUGCACAGUCCUUUUAUGAUGAAUCCCCCACAUUCUCCAUGGAUGACUUUGAAGCUUUGGGAAGUUCUUCGGUGACCUCAUCCAGCCCACCAAUUGUUGGAGAAAGGAGACUGUUCUCAAGUGUUACGAGGCUUGGUUUUGCUGCUGGACAUGAUUCUCCAUCCUUGAAACUAGAUGGGACUACUUCCUUGAAUGGCAAUGAUGCAGGAUCCUCUCUUGAGAGCACUGCUGGAGGCACUCAAAAUGCAGGUGUAACGUCAUUUGCUAAUGUAAUAUCCAGAGCUAAACCCGAGGAAAAUUUGGAUGUACCGAAGAUUAAUGGUUCGGGGAAAAAGGGGAAGAAGCCAAGUCGAGUCCUCUUGUCAACAACCGGUGGUCGGCGCUAUUGAUAUGUUAUUUGAACUUGAUGUGCUGUGGACUGAUGGUGGUUGUGUAAGUCGACGGCGUUACACCAUUUGGCUACUUGGAAUAAACUAGAGUACCUUGAUGACAGGAGUGUGAUCUUAUUUUGUAAAUUGUGGUAGAUGGAAAAACAAAAUCAUUUCUGUACCCUUAAGAAAUUCAUGGCUGAAUAAAAGCAAGGGUAUUGUGUACCAA